AUGGGAUCUCUCGGCCCGUAUCAGCGCAAGCUCAAGGUGGCAGUAGUCGGUUCCGGCAACUGGGGUACCGCCAUUGCCAAGAUUGUCGCCGAAAAUGCAGCUGCCAACACCGAUAUCUUCGAGGAGAAGGUGGAAAUGUGGGUAUUUGAAGAGAAUGUCGAGAUCGCAAAGGACUCGCCGCACUACGAUCCCGCUCUCGAGGGCCCUCAGAAGUUGACCGAUGUGAUUAACCGCACCCAUGAGAACGUCAAGUACCUUCCAGGAAUCCGCCUGCCAGCCAACCUGCACGCCAAUCCCUCGAUCGAAGACGCCGUCAAGGACAGCACGCUCCUUAUCUUCAACCUCCCCCACCAGUUUAUCCUCAAGACCUGCGAGCAGAUCAAGGGCAAGAUCUUGCCCUACGCUCGCGGUAUCUCGUGCAUCAAGGGUGUUGAUGUCAACGAGGAGGGUAUCAGCCUCUUCUCCGAGACAAUUGGAAAGACCCUGGGCAUUUAUUGCGGUGCUCUCUCCGGUGCCAAUAUUGCCAACGAGGUCGCUCAGGAGAAGUGGUCAGAGACCUCCAUCGCGUACGACCCGCCGCACAUGGACUCCAAGGCCCCCACACCCCAGCGCUCUCCGACCUCCUCCCAGGUCGACCUCGUGCAGUUCCAGCACCGUGACACAUCGGGUGAGAUCUCGAAGGUGAAGUUGCAGGCUCUGCCGUCCGAUUACCCUCCCAUCAACCAUGAUGCACUCAAGAGACUCUUCCACCGCCCGUACUUCCACGUCCGGGUGGUGAACGACGUCGCCGGUGUGUCCAUUAGCGGUGCGUUGAAGAACGUCGUUGCGCUGGCCGCUGGUUGGGUGGACGGUAUGGGCUGGGGUGACAACGCCAAGGCUGCCGUGAUGCGCGUGGGUCUGAUGGAGAUGGUUCGCUUCGGAGAUAAGUUCUUCGGCGCGACCAUUGACCAGCGCACUUUCACCGAGGAGAGUGCCGGUGUGGCCGAUCUGAUCACCAGCUGCAGCGGUGGCCGUAACUACCGUUCUGCCAAGCACAGCGUCGAGCGCAACCUGCCCAUUGAGGAGAUCGAGAAGACCGAGCUCAAUGGACAAAAGCUUCAAGGUACCUUGACUGCUGUCGAGGUCAACAGCUUCCUGAAGAAGCAGGGCAUGGAGGAUCAGUUCCCUCUGUUCACUGCCGUAUAUCGCAUCCUCCAGGGCACUAUGCAAGUCGCGGAAAUUCCUUCCUAUAUCGAGCGGUAA